UCAGGAAUGAAUGAGCUUGUGUCGAGUCAAAUGAUUGAGAGUAGCGCUCGCAUAUGGACAAGAAGGACACUUAUAAGGACGAAGAUUGUUGUGAGUAUAAACGUGUUUCUUGAGACUACGCGAAGAUUCACAAGUAAAAUUGCAAUGUGAGCAAUUGUGAGUGAUAUGCUGUUCGGCAUGUGUCUUGAUAUGUCGCUUCAGGUGUGACAAAUUGUUAGUUGCGUAGUCACAUUCUUUACACUGGUGACGCUUAAAUCCUGUGUGCCGAAUUGAAUUCACAAUGGAACUUCCAAUUAUGAAGACUUUUGGCGUAAUGGCUUUCGUAGCUGUUCUGCUGGUUGCCAGCGUACUAGCAGAAGAAGACCGCAAGAAGCGCUCACCACAUGACAUGGGACCACCAGAAAUGGAAUCACGAGACAUGGGACCACCAGAAAUGGGAUCACAAGACAUGGGACCACCACCUAUGGGACCAUCAUCAAAAAUGAAGAAACGAUCGCCACACGGACCAUCACCAUCAGAUAUGGGACCAUCG